UUUCCAAUCUCUAGGCAUUGUUUCAUGUCUUUUUCUUUUGCUGCUUGCCACAAUUCACUGCCCAGACUCAGCAAAAACCCUCAACAGUCUACACUACAUCAUCAUAGACUCGACUUCUUAGCCUGCUUACUAUGGUAGACCACACCGACAAAUAUACACGCUUUCUCGGAAAUAUAUUACCAAAAUUCAUGAAUCUACAAUGAUCUUCCGCCACAGAGUCACAACCUUAUUUUUCACCGCCCUGGCACUGACCCAUCUGGUCUACUCUAAACCGAUGCAGGAUGACGGACUCGAUACGAUUUCGGCCCGAGCAUUAGAAAGCUACCCUUAUCAAACGAAACAGAAUCUUGGUCAUGUCUCGAUAAAGUUAACCCCAAUCUCCGAGAUUGUGCGCGAGCCACGACUCACUUCAGGGCCCAUGACCGCACGAUGAUAUAUUGGUUGCUAUCCCUCCAUCCUUCUGUCCUUCCUUCCUUGAUACUGUUCGGUGUAACCAUCAUCACGACCGUCUGACUGACCUGAACCCCGCCACGUCAUAGUGCGCCGAAGCCGACAAAAUACAGUGGACCCUGCUGAGCCGGUGCGGAAAGAGGCGAACAACGGCUGGUUGAGCUUAAGAUAUGAGUUAUCAAUCUAGGAAUGUGCCGCUGUGGUGAUGACAAAGAUUCAAUCAAUACUAAUAUCUCAGAGACAGAGAGGACUGCAGAAUAAUAAGAGUUUUGUUCGCCAAUUGUCUUCGAAAUAUAGGCAUUUCUACGGACUAUUACCUCAAUGUAAACCCGUUGUUGGUACAGGUGAACAAUACUAUACCUGUUAGUCG